AUGUCGCACCGUGGUCCUUCUGGCUAUGGCAUUGGUGGCCCCAGCGCCUAUCCUGGCGGCGGCGGAGGUGUUGGCGUUUCUGACGAGUCCAAUGGAGGCAGCAUCUUGGAUCAGCUGCGGCCGUACACCAGCAAAGUCGAGGAUAUCCUGGACACCGCCAGCGAGCCCAUCAAGCCGUAUCUGCCUGCUAUUGGAAGAUUUCUGAUCGUCGUUACCUUCCUCGAGGAUGCGCUCCGAAUCAUCACCCAAUGGAGCGACCAGCUGCUGUACCUUCACGACUACCGCCACAUUCCAUCCGGAAUCACUCAUAUCUUCCUCCUCUUCAACGUCGUCGCCAUGGUCUCCUGCUCCACCCUCGUCAUCGCCAGAAAGUACUCUGAUUACGCUGUUGGAGGUCUCAUGAGCGUUGUAGUUAUUCAGGCUUUCGGCUACGGCUUGAUCUUCGAUCUCAACUUCUUCCUGCGAAACCUGUCCGUCAUUGGUGGCCUCCUCAUGGUCCUCUCUGACUCUUGGGUCCGCAAGACCAAGGCCUUUGCUGGUCUCCCCACCUUGGACGAGAAGGACAAGAAGAUGUACUUCCAGCUGGCCGGUCGCGUUCUCCUCAUCUUCCUCUUCAUUGGCUUCGUCUUCAGCGGCGAAUGGUCCUUCUGGCGCGUCCUUGUCUGCAUCCUUGGCGCUGGCGCCUGCGUCAUGGUCGUUGUGGGCUUCAAGGCCAAGUACAGUGCUACGCUGCUCGUUGUCAUCCUGAGCGGCUUCAACCUGUUGGUGAACAACUUCUGGACUCUUCACGAGCACCACCCCCACAAGGACUUUGCCAAGUACGAUUUCUUCCAGAUUCUGUCCAUCGUCGGCGGUCUGCUUCUCCUGGUCAACAGUGGCCCCGGCCAGUUCAGUAUCGAUGAGAAGAAGAAGGUUUACUAA